AUGCUCCCUAGUCUCAGGCAAACCGCGCGGCAUUUGAAACACCCAUAUGCAAUACUGACCCGGACACACAGACCCACACCCACACUCACCCGCACCCGCACCACUGGAUCAGGAUCCAGUCUUGGCAUUGCCAUUAGUACACAAACAACAAUACAGUCAACACUCAUGUCGACUUUUACGCUUCCAGGUGCUCAGACACGUGUCAGUAUCAAUAGCACGGCAGAUCUCUCCCAGAAGGAUCUACUGGGCUUUCCGGCGUUCAAGGUCUGGAUUUCAACGCUGCAGCGCUCGUUGGCGCGACAGCAGAACCCGGGUCAUGAGUUCCAUGCAGAUCCAUAUGUCUUGCGCUCGAUCGAUGUCCAGGCCGUUGAUCGAUUCGGAGGGAGUAGACUUGGAUUCGUCAAGCUGAAAGCUGAGGUGUCUAACGCCCAGGGUGAGAGUUUGCCUGGGAGUGUGUUUUUACGAGGUGGAAGUGUGGGGAUGUUGCUCAUCCUCCAACCAGACGACAUCCCUGUAUCACAGGAAAAAGGAAAAUGGGCCAUACUCACCAUCCAGCCUCGUAUUCCAGCGGGCUCCUUGGCUUUCACAGAAAUUCCAGCUGGAAUGCUAGAUGACCAUGGUACAUUUGCCGGUGGUGCUGCGAAGGAGAUCCAAGAGGAGACGGGUCUAGUUGUACAAGAGAGUGAAUUAAUCGAUAUGACCGCCCUGGCAUUGCAGUCAAUGCCGGAGCCAGAAUACGGGGAGGUACUCCAAAAGGGGUUCUAUCCAUCUGCUGGGGGCAGUGAUGAGUUUAUUCCACUGUUCUUGUGCCAGAAGCGUAUGCCGAGGAAGGAGAUUGAGGAGCUGCAGGGGAAGUUGACUGGGGAGCGGGAUGAAGGGGAGAAGAUUACACUGAAGGUUGUCCCGUUGGAGAAUUUGUGGAAAGAGGGAUUGCGGGAUGGGAAGACUUUGGCUGCUUGGGCUCUUUAUCAGGGGCUGUUGAAGGAGGGCAAGAUUUGA